UUAAAAUUUUUUUUUAAAAAAAAAGAGUUUAUUAUGGCUAAUGAACGUUCAAAAGAUAAUUCUUCUGAAGAAUUGUUUUCUGAUAAACCUCUUAAAGUUAUUGAAAAACUUGGAUUUAGUUAUUAUGAAUUAAAUAAUAAAUUUAUUAAUUUAUUAGAAGAGAAUCAAAGGAUUAAACAACAAUGUAAAAAUCUUGAAGAUAAAAAUCAAGAAAAUUUACAAAAAAAUCAAGAAAUUUCACGUAUAAAUUCAAGUUUAAUUGAAAAAAAUAAAGAAGUCUCACGAAUUAAUUCUGAAUUAAAAGAAAAACUUGAAGAAAAAGAAAAAAAUUUUAAAGAAUUUCAACAAUAUGUUUUAAAUUUGGAAAAUCAAAGAAAUGAAGAAUUACAACAAUUACAAAAGCUUGAAAUGAUGUCUCAAAGUAUUGAUAAAAAUUUAGGUGUAUUGAAAUUAGAAGAAAUUGAUGAAAAUAUUAUUAAAACUUUUAAAGAAAAUAAUGAAGAUUUCUUGGCAAGCUUUUCAAACAAAAAUCCAGAUGAAUCACUGCCUUAUUAUUCUAAUAUUAAAGUCGUCGUUGGGUUAGACUUUGGAACAACAUGUUCUGGAUUCUCUUAUUGCCAUGUUGCUAAUAAACAAAAUAUAUGUUCAAAUGAAAUAUGGCCUGGAGAAAUUACCCAGUUUAAAACAAAUACAGUUCUUCAAUAUGAUGAUAAGUAUAAUGAUGUCGUGCUUUGGGGUGCUUCAGCUUUAGCCAGAAAACCAAAUCGCCGAAUCAAAAGAAAUAAGCCUGUUGAAUUAUUCAAAUUAUGGUUGGGCAACCUAGAUAAACGUUUAAAACCAAGACUUCCAGUUGAUCAUAAAAAGGCUAUUACCGAUUAUCUUAGAGAAAUUGGAAAGGUCAUUAAAGAUAAAAUUGCUUGGAGUGUUAAUUUCUUCGAAAAUGUUUUAUUAGUUCUUUCUGUUCCUGCAGAAUAUUCAGAAAAAGAUAAAAGUAUUAUGAGAAAAUGUGCUUAUAAUGCAGGUCUUAUUAAUGUUAAAAAUUCGAAAAAUCUAGAAUUUAUCACGGAAUCUGAAGCUGCAGCAAUUUAUUGUAUGAAUAAUAAAUUAAAUGAAUUACAGGAAUAUAACUUAGGAAUGACACUUAUGGUUGUUGACUGUGGUGGUUAUACUGUUGAUUUAACUACUCGCAAGUUAGUUGGAAUUAAUCCACUUCGAUUAGGUGAGGUUACUGCACGCAUUAGGGACUACAGUGGAAGUACAUUUAUAGACGGAGGAUUUAUUGAGUUUUUACGUAAAAGACUUGGAGCUCGAGCUAUAAAUCUCUUAAGAGAAAAUAAUUAUGAUCAAUUUCAAUUUUUGGUUCAAGAAUUCUGUAAAAAUGUAAAAGAACCUUUUACAGGAGAUAAUAGAGAAUUUAAUUAUGAACUAGAUAUUAAAGAUAUUGCUCCAGGUUUAUUGCAAUAUGUCGAUAAAGAAAUCAUGGAAAUGAUGGUAGAAAAUGAAUGGAUGAUUAAUAUUAAAUAUAAUGACAUAAAGUUAAUGUUUGAUCCUAUAAUUGAAAGAAUUAUUCGUUUGAUACAUGUACAACUUGAUAAUAUUCAAGAAGCUUGUUCCGCAAUGUUUUUAGUUGGAGGAUUUAGUGAAAAUCAAUAUUUUCAGAAAAGAAUUAAGCAAGAAUUUAAUCAUACAGUGAAAACUUUUUCAGUUCCUGCUCAACCUAUAGCAGCAAUUGCACAUGGAGCUGUUAUUUAUGGAUUACUACUUACAAAAUCACCACGUACUAGCAAUGAAUAUGCAUUUUAUGCGGCUUGUAUCACCGCAAGGGUUCUUAAAUAUACUUAUGGAAUUAAAGUGUGCUUGGAUUGGAAGAAAGGUGACUCUCCUGACAGAAGAACUCCUGAUGGAAAAAUUUUUAAAUUUAAUCCUUUAGUGAAGAGAGGGACGGCAGUAGAAGUCGGUAAAGUAAUUAGCUUGUAUGAACAUGUACCUCUUCUUCCAUGUCAAACGGAAUUUAGUUUUGAAAUAUAUAAGUCUUCUAAUUCUGAUCCAAGAUAUUGUGAUGAGACUGGAAUGGAAUGUGUAGGGAAAUUGCGAAUUGACCUUCCAGAUGUUCAUUUAGGUUAUAAUAGACCAGUUACCUUUGGACUUUCCUUUGGUGACAUGGAAAUUUCAGCAUUUGCGAAGAAUAAUGUCAAUGGACAAACAUAUGUAACUUCACUUUGUUUAAAUAAUGAUAUUUGACGAUAUUUAAAAGUUACGAUUAAAUAUAAUUACUUGUAUAACAAUAAAUUAUUUUACCUUAUAUUACUUACAGUUAGUUGUAUGUUCGCAAUGAUAAUAAUAUAGGUAGUUUUAAUUUUGCAUUUUUAUUAAAAAUUCUUUUUUAAAAAUUACUUAUGAUUAAAUUACUUAGGCGUAAGAUGAGGAUAAUAAAGAUUGUAUGUUAGAACAAUACGAGACUUUUUUUUGUGUUUUUAAGUUCCUGUUAUGGAAAUACUUGGAGUGUAUAUAUAUACUUUAAGUUUUUUUUUUACAACUAAUUUAUAGGUCAACCUGUAUACAAUAAAUAUACUUAGCAUUCUUAUCAAAUUGG